CAGCGAAAGUCCUGGAAGUUGCGGGAGCGCGAGGAGCCGUCGCGGGCUGCGCGCCCUCGGCCCGGCGCCCAUGGCCCUGAGCAAAGGGCUGCGGCUGCUCGCGCGGCUGGAGGCGGCGGGCGACAGCAGCGUCCUGUUGGAGGCGCGCGGUCGCGGCGACUGUCUGCUCUUCGAGGCGGGCACGGUGGCCACCCUGGCUCCAGAAGAGAAGGAAGUCAUUAAAGGACAGUACGGAAAGCUCACCGAUGCAUACGGCUGCCUGGGAGAGCUCAGGUUAGAAUCGGGUGGUGCCUCCCUGAGUUUCUUGGUGUUGGUGACAGGCUGCACAUCAGUGGGCAGAAUUCCAGAUGCAGAAAUCUACAAAAUCACCGCUAUUGAGUUCUACCCUCUGCAGGAAGAGGCCAAGGAGGAGGACCGCCUGCUCGCCCUGAGGAAGAUCCUCAGCUCAGGGGUGUUUUAUUUUGCGUGGCCCAAUGACGGCUCCUGCUUUGACCUGACUGUCCGGGUGCAGAAGCAGAAUGAUGAUAGCUCUGAGUGGGGAACCUCCUUCUUCUGGAACCAGCUUUUGCACGUGCCCCUGAGGCAGCACCAGGUGAACUGCUGCGACUGGCUACUGAAGGUCAUCUGUGGGGUGGUGGCCAUCCGCACAGUGUAUGCCUCGCACAAGCAGGCCAAGGCCUGUCUCAUCUCUCGCAUCAGUUGUGAGUGUGCCGGUGCUCGCUUCCACACCCGUGGCGUGAAUGAUGACGGCCAUGUUUCCAACUUCGUGGAGACUGAGCAGACAAUAUACAUGGAUGAUGGAGUGUCGUCUUUUGUCCAGAUCAGAGGCUCGGUUCCACUCUUUUGGGAGCAGCCAGGGCUUCAGGUUGGCUCCCAUCAUCUGAGACUUCACAGAGGCCUGGAGGCCAAUGCCCCUGCUUUUGACAGGCACAUGGUGCUUCUGAAGGAGCAGUACGGGCAGCAGGUGGUUGUGAACCUGCUGGGAAGCCGAGGCGGAGAGGAGGUGCUCAACAGGGCCUUCAAGAAGUUGCUCUGGGCUUCUUGCCACGCCAGUGACACGCCUAUGAUAAAUUUUGACUUCCAUCAGUUUGCCAAAGGCGGGAAGCUAGAGAAAUUGGAGAACCUUUUGAGGCCUCAGUUAAAGCUUCACUGGGAUGACUUUGACGUGUUCGCGAGGGGCAAGAAUGUAAGUCCACGUUUUCAGAAAGGCACUUUGCGGAUGAACUGUCUCGACUGCCUGGACCGAACCAACACUGUGCAGAGCUUCAUCGCACUAGAGGUCCUUCACCUGCAGCUCGAGAGCUUGGGGCUGAAUUCAAAACCCAUCAUUGACCGCUUUGUGGAGUCCUUCAAAGCCAUGUGGUCUCUGAAUGGGCACAGCUUGAGCAAGGUGUUCACAGGCAGCAGGGCCCUGGAAGGGAAGGCCAAGGUGGGGAAACUGAAAGAUGGGGCCCGGUCCAUGUCUCGUACCAUCCAGUCCAACUUCUUUGACGGGGUCAAGCAGGAGGCCGUCAAGCUGCUGCUAGUUGGAGAUGUCCACAACGAGGAGUCAACAGACAAGGGGAGGAUGCUGCUGGACAGCACGGCCCUUCUGGUGACUCCCAGGAUCCUGAAAGCCAUGACAGAGCGUCAGUCAGAAUUCACUAACUUCAAGCGGGUCCGAAUCGCUAUGGGGACCUGGAAUGUGAAUGGAGGAAAGCAGUUCCGCAGCAACCUCCUGGGGACAGCAGAGCUCACUGACUGGCUGCUGGAUGCACCCCAGCUCUCAGGAGCUGCUGACUUCCAGGAUGACAGCAGCCCAGCUGACGUGUUUGCUGUGGGGUUUGAAGAAAUGGUAGAACUGAGUGCAGGAAAUAUUGUCAAUGCCAGCACCACCAACAGAAAGAUGUGGGGCGAGCAGCUUCAGAAAGCCCUCUCACGCUCUCAUAGGUACAUUCUCUUGACUUCAGCACAGCUGGUGGGCGUCUGUCUUUAUAUCUUUGUACGUCCAUACCAUGUCCCGUUCAUCAGGAAUGUGGCCAUCGACACAGUGAAGACUGGUAUGGGGGGAAAGGCGGGGAACAAGGGUGCCGUGGGCAUCCGUUUCCAGUUCCACAGCACCAGCUUCUGCUUCAUCUGCAGUCACCUGACAGCCGGGCAGUCGCAGGUGAAGGAGAGGAACGAAGACUACAGGGAAAUUACCCAUAAGCUCUCCUUCCCUGCGGGGAGAAAUGUUUUUUCUCACGAUUAUGUGUUUUGGUGUGGCGAUUUCAACUACCGCAUUGAUCUUACUUAUGAAGAAGUCUUCUAUUUUGUUAAACGCCAAGACUGGAAGAAACUUCUGGAAUUUGAUCAGUUACAGCUACAGAAAUCAAGUGGGAAAAUUUUUAAAGACUUUCAUGAAGGAGCCAUUAACUUUGGACCUACAUAUAAGUAUGAUGUUGGCUCUGCUGCCUAUGACACAAGUGACAAGUGCCGUACCCCAGCCUGGACAGACAGAGUGCUGUGGUGGAGGAAGAAGCAUCCCUUUGAUAAAACAGCUGGAGAGCUCAACCUUCUAGACAACGAUCUAGAUGUCAGUACUAAAGUCAGACACACCUGGUCUCCCGGCACCCUCAGGUACUAUGGACGCGCAGAGCUGCAGGCAUCUGAUCACAGACCUGUGCUGGCCAUCGUGGAGGUGGAAGUACAAGAAGUCGACGUGGGUGCUCGGGAGAAGGUUUUCCAGGAAGUGUCCUCUUUCCAGGGCCCCCUGGAUGCCACCGUUGUUGUAAACCUCCAGUCACCAACCCUAGAAGAGAAGAAUGAGUUUCCUGAGGACCUGCGCACUGAACUCAUGCAGACCUUGGGGAAUUAUGGGACCAUCGUCCUCGUCAGGAUCAACCAAGGACAGAUGCUUGUGACAUUUGCCGACAGUCAUUCGGCUCUCAGUGUCCUGGAUGUGGAUGGUAUGAAGGUGAAAGGCAGAGCGGUGAAGAUUCGGCCGAAGACCCAGGACUGGCUGAAAGGCCUGCGAGAGGAGCUCACCCGGAAACGGGACAGCAUGGCUCCCAUGUCCCCCACUGCCAACUCCUGUUUGCUGGAGGAAAACUUUGACUUCACCAGUUUGGACUAUGAGUCAGAAGGGGAUGUUCUUGAAGAUGAUGAAGACUAUUUGGUGGAUGAGCUUGGGCAACCUGUGGUCUCAGAUGGUGAACUGGGUGGAGAUGACCCUUCUGAUGCCUCCAGCUCUGCAGCAGUGGCACCUGCCAGCAGGUCACCUGCACUAAUCAAAAAGAAGCAGCAUCCAACAUACAAAGACGAUGCUGAACUGGUGGAGUUCAAGCAGGAGCUGGAAGCUGUUGGGGAUUUCCGCCACCGUUCUCCGAGCAGGUCUCUGUCCGUCCCCAAUAGGCCUCGGCCACCUCACCCACCGCAGAGACCCCCCCCUCCAACAGGUUUAAUGGUGAAAAAGUCAGCAUCAGAUGCAUCCAUCUCCUCUGGCACCCACGGACAGUAUUCAAUCUUGCAAACUGCAAAACUCCUGCCAGGAGCCCCUCAGCAACCACCCAAGGCUAGGACUGGAAUAAGUAAACCUUACAACGUCAAGCAGAUCAAGACCACCAAUGCUCAAGAGGCAGAAGUAGCGAUCAGGUGUCUCCUGGAAGCUGGUGGAGGAGCCCCAGAAGCAGCCCUAAGUGCCAUGGCCCUGCGGAACCAAGGAUCCUCCAGAGCAGAGCCCACCCCCGGGGAGGCUACACUAGAGACCUCCCAAGGGCCCCCACUCCUGCCCCGUCGGCCCCCACCCAGGGUUCCCACCAUCAGGAAGCCAACUUUGAGAAGGACAGGAAAGCCCAUGUCACCAGAAGAACACGUUGAGCAGCAGCCUGUCUGUUUUACAAUCGGUCCCCUGGACUCAAGCCUGGAGACCCCUCCUUUGUCCACAGCCCCUCGAGUCCCACCUGUUCCCAAACCGAGAACAUUUCAGCCUGGAAAAGGCACCGAGAGGAGGCUCAGCAGCGGAAGGCCAGCACCAGAUGAAGCCCCUGCCCUAGCAGGAGCCACCGAGCUGCCACCUCCAGAGGUUUCAUCCAUGGCACCCAAGGUGCCCCCGAGGAGGAAGAAAUCUGCGCCGGCAGCUUUCCACCUGCAGGUCCUGCAGAGCAACAGCCAGCUCCUCCAGGGUGUCACGUGCUGCAGUGAUAGUGGCAGCAGCCGUCCACCCGGACUCCAGCCUGAUGCUGACUCUGUCUGUCCACAAGUGGAUUUUCUUGGCACUUCAUCUGUCACAAGCCCCAAAAGUGAUGGCCCCAGAGGGACAAAGCUAGAGACAGCCUCUCUUCUUGGUGACUAUCAGGAUCCCUUCUGGAGCCUUCUCCACCACCCGAAACUGUUGAAUAACACCUGGCUUUCCAAGAGCUCUGACCCUCUGGACUCAGAGGCCAGGAGCCCCGAGAGGGCACAAAUAGACCCCACACAGGCCAGCGCGCCAGCAGCUGAACAGGAGCUGCCACUAGACCAUGAGGAAAAGAACUUCAGUCACUGGGUGACCAUCAGUAACAAAGACAAGAGGACAACUCUGCAGGUGUUCGACCCACUGGCAAAAACAUGACCAAGCAGCUUUGACAGCACACUAGCACAGACCACUUACUUCUUCCUGUGGGCAUCUCUUGACCGGGUCAAAGGAACAUCUAUUUAAAGGCACACUGGAAAAACCACUCGUGCAUCUGUCAUUCUUGUGUCGUUUACAAAAGCAAUGUCUCUUAUUCGAUAAGAUUAUUAUGCAGCCACCAAAAUUUGUUUACUUAAGAAGUGUGCGUUCUAAGUUUGCCCUCAGGGGAAUGGGUGCCUCUUGUUCAGAUUUGGAGCAUGGAUUCUAAGGAAGGAAAUAUAGCCAGUGAGGCCCAAGAAGUUCUCUCCUGCUGAAUUUUAAAUGGUUGUUUAAUUUAUGUGUGUGUGGUGAGUUUUUGUUGCUGUUGUUCUUUUUGUGUUUUAUAGAUUUGGACUGUCUUUUGGAUGACCCACCUGAAGGUGGGUGCAUAAAAGAUGAUAUUAAAAGUAGUUGGGACCUUUAAAAGCUGUUCUGGCCCACUUUAAAUCAGGUUUAAAGAAAUCAAGAUUUGGAAGCAGCGAUUAGGUCAGUCAGACUAGAGUGUGCAGUCCGGAGCCCUCAAGUCUGUAAGUCAGCUCUUCAUAGCUGCAGGUUCUCCGGCCACAGGUUCAACCAACUGCCGAUGAAAAUACUCAGAAAAUUGCAUCUGAACGGAACAUACAUGCAGACUUUUUCUUGUCACUGUUCCCUAAAGAACACAGCACAAUGAUUUGCAUAGCAUUUGUACUAUGUUAAA